UGAGUGGGAUCGUGCAUUCGGGCGAAAUGUUAGCCAUUAUGGGAGCAACUGGAGCCGGGAAGUCGACGCUGAUGAACGUGAUGACGUCGCGGAACUUGGGAGAUCUCAAAGUCUCAGGGGAACUCAUGGUGAACGGGAAGUCUAUCAAGAGGAGUGAGUUGGCAGGCAUUUCCGCCUACAUCCAACAGGAAAACUUCUUCAUCGGUUCCCUCACCGUUAAAGAACAUCUGCGGUUUCAGGCAGGAAAUAUGAAAAUCUAUGCUCUGUUGAGAAUGGGCAAAGAAGUCAGUCACCAACAACGAAUGAAGCGAGUUGAAGAUAUUAUCAUUGAGAUGGGAUUGAGUAAUUGUUCAGGCACGAUAAUCGGCAUUCCAGGUCGGAUUAAAGGCAUCUCAGGCGGAGAAUUGAAGCGUCUCUCCAUCGCCUCCGAGAUUCUGAUGGAUCCACCAUUGCUUUUUUUUGACGAGCCGACCUCAGGCCUGGACUCGUUUCUGGCCCAACAAAUGGUGGCUCUCAUGAAGUCCCUGGCCGAGAAAGGGAAGACCAUCCCGACCUCAGGCCUGGACUCGUUUCUGGCCCAACAAAUGGUGGCCCUCAUGAAGUCCCUGGCCGAGAAGGGGAAGACCAUAGUAUCCAUCAUCCAUCAACCUUCAUCCGAGAUCUUCCCCAUGUUCGAUCGGAUUCUUCUCCUUGCCGAGGGGAGAACUGCCUUCACGGGACUGUCAAAAGACGCCGCCUCCUUCUUUCAACGGAUCGGAUACGAAUGCCCGUCGAAGUACAAUCCUGCCGACUUCUACAUCCACACCCUGGCCAUCGUCCCCGGCGCGGAAGAGGAACGCAAAGAACGGGUCUCCUUCAUCUGCGACGCAUUCUGGGACUCGGAGGAAAGGAAGGCUCUGGAAGACGAAAUCGGCUUGUCUGGCGAGGCGGUCAUGAACGGGGCUCCGAAAGACAACUCGGACAUCGAUGAGAAGGAGAACGAAAUGACGUUCAAAUACGAGCUGUCUUGGUUCUCCCAGUUUCGCGCCAUUUUCGCUCGAUGCUGCACUGCCAACCUUCGAGAACCCUUCAUCAUCAAACUUCGCUUUUUCCAGACUGUGAUGCUGGCUCUACUAUUGGGAGUCAUCUUCUGGAGGCAGGAUUACAGCAAGUAUGAGGGAGUGAUGAAUGUGAAUGGCGCCAUCUUCAUCUUACUCAUCAGUGGAAAUACUAUGAACAUUUUCUCGCUUUUGAAUUUGUUUUGCGAAGAGUUACCUGUCUUCUUGAGGGAACACCAAAGCGGGAUGUACAGGACGGACGCGUAUUUCAUCAGCAAGGUCGUGGCCGAGCUCCCACUUUCGAUUCUCUUCCCCGCCGUCUUCACCGCGAUCGUCUAUUUCAUGAUCGGCCUCAACGGAUCCCUCGACCGCUUCGUCGUGUGCGCUCUCAUCAUGAUCAUCAUGUCGAAUGUCGUCACCUCUUGCAGUUAUAUGAUCUCGUGCUUGACCAGCUCAGUCAGCACGGGCUUAACCUUGGCUACAUUGAUCCUCCUUCCGAUGCUCUUGGUUAGCGGCCACUUCAUCAACAACAACUCAAUUCCCGUUUACUUAUUAUGGCUGAAGUACAUUUCGUGGUUCUAUUACGGGAACGAGGCCCUCAUGAUCAAUCAGUGGAAAGACCUCGAGAUCGACUGCGGGGAUUCCUUCAGGUGCCUUCCCCAUGGCGAUGCCGUCCUCUCCGUCAUGCACUUCGACGCGGAAGGUGCGUUACUGAGUGUUGUCCUCCUUUGUCCUCCUUUCUUAGGAGAAUCAACUCCGAGACAUUUUCAUUCUAUUCACCAUGAUGAUAUGAAUGGGAUCGCUUGUCCGGGUGAAUUGUUGGCCAUCAUGGGAGCGAGUGGUGCCGGGAAAACGACAUUGCUGAACGUGAUGACGUCCAGGAACUUGGGGAAGCUGAACGUCUCGGGAAAACUCAUGGUGAAUGGGAAGACCAUCAAGAGGAGCGCGCUGGCGGGCAUGUCCGCCUACGUCCAACAGGAAGAUCUCUUCAUCGGCACCCUCACAGUCAGGGAACACCUCCGAUUCCAGGCACGAAAAGCGGAAGCCCUGCUGAGAAUGGGCAAGGAGAUCAAGCAUCAGCAGCGAAUGGAUCGAGUGGAAGAAGUCAUCUCGGAUGUGAAGCUUUUCUUGGGGCUGAGUAAAUGUUCAGAUUCGAUCAUCGGCGUUCCCGGUCGGAUUCAAGGUAUCUCAGGUGGAGAGAGGAAACGUCUCUCCAUCGCCUCUGAGGUACUGACGGACCCACCGUUGCUCUUCUGCGACGAGCCGACCUCAGGCCUGGACUCAUUCAUGGCCCAGCAAGUUGUGGCCUUGAUGAAGUCCCUGGCCGAGAAGGGGAAGACCGUCAUCUCGACCAUUCAUCAGCCCUCAUCCGAAGUCUAUAGCAUGUUCGACCGGAUUCUUUUCAUGGCCGAAGGGAGAGCUGCGUUCAUGGGACUAGCCGAUCGUGCCAUUUCCUUCUUUCAAGGAGUGGGUUACGGGUGUCCGCCAAACUACAACCCGGCGGACUUCUUCAUCCACACGCUCGCCGUGGUUCCGGGAUCGGAGAUGGAAUGUCGCAAACGGGUGGCUCGGAUCUGCGACGCAUUCAGAGACUCAGAAGAAGGGAGGGCGAUGGAGAAGGAAGUGGAGUUAUGCAGCGACGAGGCGUCCAAGGCGAGCCCGACCGACAUGGGAGACAUCAAGUGGAAGGAGAGGAGGUUGGAGGACGCAGCGGGCUGGUUCCAGCAGUUUCGGGCCGUUGUCGCUCGAUCUUGGACUGCCACCUUUCGGGAGCCCUUGCUCAUCAAAUUCCGGCUCUUACAGACCGUGGUCAAAAGUUCAUUUGGCGUUAUUUCUCAUCCCCAAUGCACUCAGGUGUUCUGCGAAGAGCUGCCCAUCUUCGUACGGGAACGACAGAGCGGAUUAUACCGAACGGACGCCUAUUUCCUCGGGAAGACGCUGGCGGAGCUGCCGUUCUUCGUCGUCUUCCCCGCGGCGUUCGCGGCGAUCGCGUAUCAUAUGAUCGGGCUCAACCCGGUCGGCGAGCGGUUCAUCGUCUGCGUGGUCGUCAUGGUCGCCGUCGCGAAUGUGGCCUGCUCCUUCGGUUACAUGGUGUCGUGCAUCGCCCCGAACGUGGACGUCGCGUUGGCCUUGUCGCCUCCCCUCGUCAUCCCGCUUCUGAUGUUCGGCGGCCUGCUUAUCAACAACGUCUCAGUCCCCGUGUACUUCCUAUGGCUGAAGUACAUCUCUUGGUACUACUACGGGAACGAGAUCCUCAUGGUCAAUCAGUGGAAAGGCGUGGAAGGGAUCGAGUGCGGGGAGUCCUUCCUGUGUCAGCCGGAUGGCGAUUCCAUUAUCGCCAUGCUCAACUUCGAGAAGCCGGGGGAAAUGCUAGUCAUCAUGGGAGCGAGUGGAGCCGGGAAGACGACGCUGAUGAACGUGAUGACGUCGAGGAACUUAGGAGACCUGAAAGUCUCCGGGAAACUCAUGGUGAACGGGAAGUCUAUCAAGAGAAGUGCGUUGGCAGGCAUUUCCGCCUACAUCCAACAAGAAAACUUCUUCAUCGGUUCCCUCACCGUCAGGGAACACCUGCGAUUCCAGGCACGAAAAGCUCGGUUGAGAAUGGGCAAAGAAAUCAGUCGUGAGCAACGACUGAAACGAGUUGAAGAUAUCAUCAUUGAGAUGGGAUUGAGCAACUGUUCAGACACGACGAUUGGCAUUCCUGGUCGGAUCAAAGGCAUCUCAGGCGGAGAAUUGAAACGUCUCUCCAUUGCCUCCGAGAUCCUGAUGGAUCCACCAUUGCUUUUCUUUGACGAGCCGACCUCCGGCCUGGACUCGUUUCUGGCCCAACAAGUCGUGGCCCUCAUGAAGUCCCUGGCCGAGAAGGGGAAGACCGUGGUUUCUAUCGUCCAUCAGCCUUCAUCCGAGAUCUUCGCCAUGUUCGAUCGGAUUCUUCUCCUUGCCGAGGGGAGAACUGCCUUCACGGGGAUGUCCAACGACGCAGUUUCCUUCUUUCAACGGAUGGGAUACGAAUGCCCGUCGAACUACAACCCUGCCGACUUCUACAUCCACACCCUGGCCAUCGUCCCCGGCGCGGAAGAGGAACGCAGAGAACGGGUCUCCUUCAUCUGCGACGCAUUCGGGGACUCGGAGGAACGGAAGGCGCUGGAGGGCGAAAUCGGCUUGUCUGGCGAGGCGGUCAUGAACGCGAAUGACCUCUCAGACGAGAGGGGGAAGGAGAUCGCGUUCGAGUACGAGCUGUCUUGGUUCGCUCAGUUUCGCACCAUUUUCGCUCGAAGCUGGACUGCCAACCUUCGGGAACCGUUGGUCGUUAAACUUCGUCUCUUCCAGAUGGUGGUUCGUAACUUCCAAACGUUUUGCGAAGAAUUCCCAGUCUUCUUGAAGGAACACCAGAGCGGGAUGUACAGAGUGGACGCGUAUUUCAUCAGCAAGGUCGCGGCCGAGCUCCCAUUCUCCAUUCUCUUCCUCGCCAUCUUCACCGCCAUCGCCUAUUUCAUGAUCGGUCUCAACGGAUCCCUCGACCGCUUCGUCGUGUGCACUCUCAUCAUGAUCAUGAUCUCGAAUUAUUUUUUUCCCAUCACUUUCGGGGAGUGUGAAGGACUAACGCGAUGGAUUCAUUUUUUCCUUGCAGGUUACAUGAUCUCGUGCCUGACUCGCAACGUCAGCACGGCCGUGACCACGGUUUCGCUCAUCUUCCUCCCAUUGCUGUUGUUCAGCGGCUUUUUCAUGAGCUCCAACUCUGUUCCCGUGUACUUAGUAUGGCUGAAGUACAUCUCGUGGUUCUAUUACGGGAACGAGGCCCUCAUGAUCAAUCAGUGGAAAGACCUCGAGAUCGACUGCGGGGAUUCCUUCAGGUGCCUUCCCCAUGGCGAUGCCGUCCUCUCCGUCUUGUUCUUCGACAUGGUGCGAUCAACUCUCCUUCUCUCUCUUGAGCCUGCAAACGUGGAGGACAAUCACCUCCGAGACAUUUUGAUGCUGCUGGUCUUGAUGAAGGAAUGUCGUAAACGGGUGGCCCGGAUCUGCGAUGCAUUCAGAGUCUCGGAAGAAGGGGAAGUGAAGAUGGGGAAGGAAGUGGAGUUAUGCAGCGACGAGGCGUCCAAGGCGAGCCCGACCGACAUGGGAGACAUCAAGUGGAAGGAGAGGAGGUUGGAGGACGCGGCGGGCUGGUUCCAGCAGUUUCCGGCUGUUGUCGCUCGAUCUUGGACUGCCAGCCUUCGGGAGCCCUUGCUUAUCCAAUUGCGGCUCUUACAGAGCGUGGUCUUGAGUGGGAUCGUAUAUCCGGGCGAAAUGUUGGCCAUUAUGGGAGCAAGUGGAGCCGGGAAGUCGACGUUGAUGAACGUCAUGACGUCGAGGAACUUGGGAAAACUCAAGGUCUCUGGUAAACUCAUGGUGAAUGGAAAAGCCAUCAAGAGGAGUGCGUUGGCAGGCAUAUCCGCUUACAUCCAACAAGAAAACAAUUUCAUCGGUACCCUCACUGUCAGGGAACACCUACGAUUUCAGGCCGUGUUGAGGAUGGGUAAAGAUGUCAAGAAACAGAAACGAAUGGAACGAGUUGAGGAAGUUAUCCUGGAUUUGGGACUGAGUAAUUGUUCGGACAUGAUGAUUGGUAUACCUGGUCGGGUGAAAGGCAUCUCAGGCGGGGAAUUGAAGCGUCUCUCAAUCGCCUCCGAGGUAUGCAUUUUAUUGUUUCGCUUUCGCGUGAAUUUUUACAAAGACCUGCCUUUAACAGUACUUAAUUUCAAACAGAUCCUAUUGGAUCCACCGUUACUCUUUUGGGACGAGCCGACCUCUGGCUUGGACUCGUAUAUGGCUGGGCAAGUCGUGGCUCUCAUGAAGUCCCUGGCCGAGAAGGGGAAGACCGUGGUUUCCAUCAUCCAUCAACCUUCAUCCGAGAUCUUCGCCAUGUUCGAUCGGAUUCUUCUCCUGACGGAGGGGAGAGCUGCCUUCAUGGGACUGGCUAAACUCGCAUUGCCCUUUUUUCAACGGAUGGGAUACGAAUGCCCGUUGAACUUUAACCCUGCCGAUUUCUACGUCCACACGCUGGCCAUCGCCCCUGGAGAGGAGGAAGAACAUCGGGAACGGGUUUCUCGGAUCUGCGACGCGUUCAAAGAGUCAGUAGAGCGGAAGGUUCUGGAAGGGGAGGUCGGCUUCUCUGGCGAGGUGGAUGACGAUGAGAGCCCGAAUGACCCAGACGAGAAGGGGAGCGAGAUGACGUUCAAGUACAAGGUGUCUUGGUUCGCCCAAUUUUGCGCCGUUUUCGUCCGAAGCUGGACUGUUAACCGACGGGAACCCUACGUCAUCAAAAUUCGUCUUUUUCAAAGCCUGAUGGUGGCUUUACUGCUUGGGGUCGUAUACCUUAGACAAGAUUACCACACGGUCGAGGGAGUGAUGAACAUUAACGGUGCUGUCUUCAUCUUCCUCAUCUUUGCGAGCUACCAGAAUGCCUUGGCAAUGUUCAACGUGUUCUGCGAAGAGUUACCCGUCUUCUUGAGGGAACACCAAAGUGGACUGUAUAGAACAGACGUGUAUUUCAUCAGCAAGUUUAUAGCCGAGUUCCCAUUCUCCAGCAUCUUUCCAAUCAUCGCCACGUCCAUCGCCUAUUUCAUGAUCGGCCUCAACGAGUCCAUCGAUCGCUUUUUCUACUGCAUACUCAUAAUGACCAUCAUCUCGAAUGUCUCCACUUCUUUCGGUUGUAUGUGUUCUUGUAUGACUAAGAACAUCAACUUGGCCAUCACCAUCGGAACUCCCAUGUUCAUUCCGUUCAUGCUGUUUGGGGGCUUUUUCCUCAACAACGAUUCAGUCCCCGUGUACUUCCUUUGGCUGAAGUACAUCUCGUGGUUCUACUACGGGAACGAGGCCCUCAUGAUCAAUCAGUGGAAAGACCUCGAGAUCGACUGCGGGGAUUCCGUCGGGUGUUCUCCCAAUGGCAACGCCAUUCUCGAAUACUUCAAUUUCGACAAGGUGCCCUUCAUCGAUUCACUUUGC